AAAAUGUCCCGUCACUGGUAGACGCGGCGCAAAAAAGGAAAAAAGUUGUCCGCUAGUGCGCAGGCUCAUUUCUCUGUUGCUACUCAGUUGUUGUAGUUACCAGGAAGAUUAACCGCGAUGAUUAACUGGCCCUGGUGAUACCAACUAGCUAACUGUUAGCAGGCUGCAUAGAAAUAAAGUUGGAGGUUUUAGUUGCCAUGCUAAAACCUAGACACUUGAUCCCAGGAAGAUCUCACGGGGCAGCUUGUCCCCUUUUACUGUGAAGAUGCCAGCUGUGACACGGGAUAAGGAGGACUCUGAGUCCUCCUCGGAAGACGAGCAAGACGACCAUCCUUGCAUUGCGUGGAGCGGCCUUAGCAGGACGAUCCCAGUUCUCUUGUUUCUCCCUGAAGCUGCUGUUUCAAAAGAUGGGAAUAUCUGCUCUGUCGGAGAGCGAUACAACUUGGCCUUCAAGAUUGUGCGCACAGAGAGCCGUCUGGUACGAGGAAUACUCACCAAUCAUGGAUUCCAUGAGGUUCACCCAAAUAGUAAUGACUUUAACCUCAUGUGGACAGGGUCUCACCUCAAGCCUUACAUACUACGCAGCCUUCAAGACUUUCAGAAGGUCAACCACUUUCCCAGGUCGUACGAAUUGACGCGAAAAGACCGUCUCUAUAAAAACAUCCAGCGAAUGCAGCAGACUCAUGGCUUCAAAAACUUCCAUAUUGUUCCUCAGACCUUUGUGCUUCCCUCUGAGUAUCAGGAGUUCUGCAAUUGUUUUGCCAAGGACAGGGGCCCAUGGAUUAUAAAACCAGUAGCAUCUUCAAGAGGACGAGGCAUCUACUUGGUCAGCAAUCCAAAUCAGAUUUCAAUGGAUGAAAACAUCUUGGUGUCUCGCUAUAUUAAUAACCCACUACUAAUAGAUGAGUUCAAGUUUGACGUGAGGUUGUAUGUCUUGUUAACAUCAUACGAUCCACUCAUCAUCUAUGUGUAUGAGGAGGGCCUAGCAAGGUUUGCCACAGUAAAGUACGACCGGACUUCAAAGAACAUUAAGAACACAUUUAUGCAUCUCACCAACUACAGUGUGAAUAAAAAGAGCAGCGAUUAUGUCAGUUGUGAUGACCCUGAAAUUGAGGAUUAUGGGAACAAGUGGAGUAUGAGUGCAGUGUUGAGGUAUUUGAAGCAGGAGGGGAAGGACACCACAUUGCUGAUGAGACAGGUGGAGGACCUCAUCAUCAAAGCUGUUCUGAGUGCUGAGCUGCAGAUAGCCACUGCAUGCAAGAUGUUUGUUCCCCACAAGACAAACUGCUUUGAACUGUACGGUUUUGAUGUGCUCAUUGACUCCAACCUCAAACCCUGGUUGUUAGAGGUGAACCUUUCUCCCUCCCUGGCCUGCGAUGCACCCUUGGAUUUGAAGAUAAAGGCCAGCAUGAUUGCAGACAUGUUUUCGCUUGUGGGCUUUGUGUGUCAGGACCCCCUGUCGAGACAGCCACGCUCUGACCGAGUCACCCUGGACCCCAGCCUCAAACGCCCAGCAGCCCCAAGAACACAGCGACAGAGGCCUGUAUCAGCCAGUAACUCAGAAACAGAGGGGUUAAAAGACAAACAAAGAGCUAAACAAGGCCAAGGAGACAGCACUCUGAGCUUAAGUGCUGAGGAGGUCAAAGUGCUGAGGAGGAUAAAGGAAGAAUAUGAGAGACGAGGAGGCUUCAUUAGGAUCUUUCCCACUGCAGAAACAUGGGAGCUCUAUGGUGGAUAUCUGGAGUCCAAGACAUCAAUGAACUACAUGUUGGCAAACAGACUUUUCCAUGGAAGGAAUGUGAAUGGGAAUGUGCAGCUGCAGGUGGACGCCGUCCAUGGCUGUCACGUUGUCCAGUAUGAGAGGAAGCUGCUGUCUCUCGAGGCACGUAAGAGGAGACAGCGCCACCUGACUCAUCGCUCUGCUGCAGGGAAGAAAAAGUCGGGGAAGGAAUCCAAGGCCUCCCCGACUGAGAGCAGCAGUCAGGAGGGAGAGGAGUGCGCUCAGGAGGAAAGAGAGGAGGUGAAACAAGUUCUCCAGCCAGUCUCACACAGGGCUUUGGUAGCAGAGCAAAGAAAACAAGUGGCCACACCACUGGAGCGCUGCCACAGCGAGGCUCUGUCCAGCUCAGAGGCAGCCACGCACAAUGCCAGGCCCAGAGUCAACCUGCUCAACAUCCUUCAGCAGGGGUGGGACCUCAGUAAGGUGCAGGCCCGGAUGGCGUUUUCUUCAUACCUGAAGCGAGUCCAGCAAAGACUAUUAGCAGAGAGCAGAGCCAACACCAUCCCAGCUUGGCCAGACAAGGACAACGAACAAAUGGAGCUGGUGAUUCGUUUCCUGAGAAGAGCAGCCAGUAACCUUCAACAAGACAUUAAGGUGGUCUUGCCCAGUCGCCAGUUACCAAUCCAAGACCGCAGACGCAUCCUGUCCCACCAGUUAGGCGAGUUUAUCCACUGUUACAACAAGGAAACUGAACAUAUGGUGAAAAAACAGGAGAAUAGCAAAGAGGAGCAUUGUGUUAACCCCAGUGUAUUUCAGGAGUACAUCACUGCAGCGAGUGAAAAUGAUCUGGAGGAAGUACUGACAUUCUACACACAGAAAAAUAAAUCAGCCACCGUCUUCCUAGGAACAAAAGUCAGGAGUGUUAAAAAAGACGUUCAUGAAAUAAAUGCCUCAGGAGAUUCAGGCAACUAUGAGAAUUCCAAAACUCUGCCUGUGGCCAAAGAGGAUUCCAGCGCUUCAGAGUCCUUGCUCUCCACAGGGAAAGUCAGCAGUGACCCAGACAUCAAGGCCGCUGAGAGUCAACCUUCUGUGCGUGCGCUGUCUGAAGAACAACAGGCGGUGGUUGAAACUGGUAAAACCCAGCCAGAUGUCCAGGCGUCUCAGCACUGCUCCAGCUUUCCUGUGACUUUAGACUGCACACAUAUACAUCUGCAGCACUGCUCUGAUGAACCAACAUCCAUGCCUCUUCAUUGUCCGCCACCGCCGCCACCUCCUCCUCAGCCACCGUCUUAUGCACAGUCCUUGGCAAAGUCUCAGUUCUGCCUUUCUGAGACUCUUUCUGAUCCUCCUGCAUACAACUCUGCCCCUGUGGUAAAACAACCCCCGAGAGCGAUGUGGAUAGCUAUGUCCACGGGGUCUAACACAGUCUCAACCAGGCAACCAAUCCAGGUGCUCAGGAGGAUUCAGUCCUUUACCUCAUCCACAUCCGGCUCUGGGGCAGCCUCUUCCAUCCCGAGUGCCACACAAAUCUAUAGCCAGAAGCUCUCUAGACCUACAUCUGCAGGCCAAGUUAACAGGAGGAGCAGUUCCAGUAAGCUGAAGUCAAACUCAGUGGGGGCCUUUAAGGAGUUAAACUCCCUGUCUGCCCAGGCACAGUCUAACCAGCAGGCCUUCAUUUCAGCCCUGCAAAAGCUGGCGGAUAAGCAGGUUGCUCACCACUAUGCCAGCUCCAGUCACAUCAACCUGCUAACACAUCAUUUGACCAAUCUGAACCUGGCCAACAGGGUGUUGAGCAGAGGGCCAGUGAAAGCUGUUCACUCUGGAACAGAUCUACUUAACAGCACUUGCCAAACUCCACUGAAAGAAGAGGAGGGUCUUCGGGAUGGGCAGAUGCAGAAUGCCUAUAGCUUGGUGACCGGGGUGAACCCGAAGCAGCGCUACCAGCCCUCACAGGGCAGCUACCAGCUUCAGUUUGCUAUCCAGCAACUACAGCAGCAAAAAAUGCAGUCUCGACAAUUCCUGGACCAGAGCCAUUGCAGACACCAGGCUCAAUUUCCUGACCAGACAAGUGCGCCACACACCCAGGCUCCAGCAAACUCAUCCAGCUGCCCUCCAUCCAGCUUUCAUGUUCGGCCUCAUCCCAGCCAUGGCCACAGCCACAUCCAGACCUAUGUUACUCCUGUUCUCGCCCCAAAGCCACCCAGCAGCGCUCGAGAGGGACAGAUCAGGAAAACGGCAACAAAACGUCUUAUCAAGCAGACGCCCUCAGAGAGUUCAGCCAGUGGAACCGUGUCCAACGGCCAGCAUAUGGUCUACGAAGCCAUCUGCGGUAAAACAGGUCUGUCUGUGUACCGCAAGCUGUUCCAGGACCAGGAGCCCAGUCACAGAUGACAAGAAGGCGACCAGAGGCACGUCCUACCGCUCUGCCGGCCUGACAGGUGUCUCUGCAUGUAACUACAUCCCCACAGAGGUGUAUUCUGGGAAAGGACAUCAGCAACAGAUGAAAGCAUGCCAGACAUCAAAUAGGGUCCUAUUAAUUUCUCUAUGAUACAGCCGAAGACAUGCGAGGGGAUAGUGUGCCAGGCCAGGAAUGCCCAGCUUUGACGCAGGUUGGGAUUUUGUUGCGCAGCUCAACAUCAGAUGGGCUUUUCAGCUCCCGCCCCUCCCUCCCCUCAUCCCCCUUAGCUACAUUCAUUCUAUAUCCCAACAGUUGCCCGCCCUCAUUCUCUCCAUGCUACUGGUGCCACAGAAAGAUUUCACUGACAGAUAGCUGUCAGCAGAUGGUUCUUCAAGCCCUAUUGGUAUUUUAACAACAGGAUUCAACCUUUUAUUCUUUGCUCAUGCAGUGGCAUGUGCACCACUAGCUAUUCAAGUCGAUUGUUUUUUUCCUCAAGAAGUUUUUGACAACUAAUGUAGAGAUGGCCUGAGUAGCUUCUCAUCUCGCUGCCAUGAAGGGUGAGCAUUGAGAGAAGCUCCUUUCAUGUGUGUCUUCUGGCUUUAAGACACUCCAACUGCCAGUCCUUGUUGCCAAAUCAGACUCUAUGGCCAUUGCCUCAGGAUCUGUUAAAGUAGAGCAUCCUUUACUUGUGGGCUUGAAAAGAAAAUUCUGAUUUUUAGAGUUUAAAUACAAUUGCUUGCUGCCUUGUUCCCUGUUUACAAAAAUGAUACAACACUAUUGAAAGUGGGUUUAAGUUUUCUAUCAAGAAUUCAGCGAGCUUGUGAUAAAUUCCUGUAAACCGUGGAGAUGCUGAGGGUGUUUUCCUUGGGUGGACCCAAUUCAAUAUCUUUGGUAUAAUAUGUAAAGUAUUGUUGUUGUAUUAGUGUUUAUUUACUGUACUUUGUCCAGCAACAGGUCUUCUUGGCCGUUUAUGUAGCUCAAAGCAUAACAUAAAGAGGUCUUACGGUUAUGCACAGCCUUGCCCACAUUGAAGGUUAAUGCUGCACCAGCAGACCAUUAUCCUUGCGGAUAUUCUGCUUCUUAGGACCAUAUAGCAAGUUCACUCAGGGCGUGUUAAUAGAAUAAAACAUCUCUGUUAUAUAUCAGUAGAUUCAGCAUAUGUUUAUGAUGACUUUGUCAGAAAUACUUGAAUUUCAUGCAUGUAUUUGUCAUAUCAACCGAUGAUUAUUAUCAGUGGGUUUGCACAGAUUGUAGUUUUCAAUGCAGCACAACAGAACUGGUUUUAUUACACUUGAUUGUACUUGAUUUUUUUUUUCUUUUUUUGUAGUGAUUGAGGUUAAACUUCAUGUUGUGCAUUUUCUACUGUUAAAGCCAGUGCAUGCUGUAUUACAAGAAUCCAACAGUAGAAUCCAAAUCAAUGUGUAUAAUCUACUGUGGCUAUACAACAUUGUUUACAGUCUGAUAUUUUAAUCUGUUUUGUUCCUGAUUGUUUACAUCACACACGCAUGGAAAUGUAAUACUUUUGGAAUCAGUGAGGCCGUUUGUAGCAAGCCACAUUGACAUGAAUACCUUGAAAACAUUGAAACAUGCUGAUCAUGUCAGUAAAUGUAUUAGUUCAC